AUGGCAACCCCAAACAUCACCCGAAUCUCAGACUUACCCCGGGGUCAAGAGUGGCGCGUCGGUGCAGCAGUCUUCCGGUACCAAGAGAACGGGCACUACACUGUCCUACUGCUGAAGCGCGCCACCGGCUCGCACACAAUUGGAUGGUGGAAUACUCCAACGGGCCCAGUUCGAGACACUGAUGAGACCGUCGACGAUACCAUGAGACGGAUCAUCUUUGAGCAGACAGGUCUUGGACUACAGGGCUACCACAACAUCUAUCAAGUAGCAUCAUUGUCGUGGGGAUCUGAAGAACAGCCCAUAACGAAACUCAACUUUGUGAUCCAUGAUAAAUCUGCUGACAUAGUCGCAAUCCGCCUCAGCGAGUUUUCCGAGUAUCAAUGGGUGGAAGAGGAACGUAUCGACUCUCUCUCCAUCCCUGUCGCAAUGCAGGAUGUGAUACGCACGGGAUUUGAACUACACCGCGAGGGAUACAUAUGA